CACUAUAGAGGUAAGGUACUAGGAAGAAGGAUAGAAAGAACCAUCUGUCUUUGCCCGGUAUUACAGCAGGUCUGCCCCCCUACUCCUCAAGUGGUAGGUGCCGGCCUCUUGCUGACAAGCUGGUUGUAGUGAGGGCAGCCGGACAGUGGGAAUGUGUCAGUGCGGGUAGGAGGCUGCUGCUGCCGCCAGAGACUGGGCUGGGACGCGGCUGAGCGGGGGCCCGGGCAUGCGUGAAAGAUGGAUCCAGAAGAACAGGAGCUGCUGGGAGACUACAGAUACAGAAAUUACUCUUCCGUCAUCGAGAAAGCCCUGCGGAACUUUGAGUCUUCCAGUGAAUGGGCGGAUCUGAUAUCAUCACUUGGGAAACUCAACAAGGCUUUGCAGAGCAAUUUAAAAUACUGCCUGCUCCCAAGGCGCAUUAUCAUUAGCAAGCGAUUGGCACAAUGCCUGCACCCAGCCCUGCCCAGUGGGGUUCAUUUAAAGGCCCUGGAGACCUACGAAAUCAUAUUCAAGAUUAUUGGGACAAAAUGCCUGGCCAAAGACCUCUUUCUCUACAGCUCUGGGCUCUUUCCGUUGCUGUCCCACGCAGCCAUGUCGGUGAGGCCUAUUCUUCUGGGCUUGUAUGAAACCUACUUCAUCCCGCUGCAGAGGGCGCUGCUUCCCAGUCUCCAGGCUUUCAUCACUGGAUUGCUACCUGGAUUAGAGGAGGGAUCUGAGAUUUAUGAUAGGACAGACCAACUGCUGCAGCGUCUCGCUGUGGUGGUGGGACAAGAUGUCUUCUAUGGCUCUCUCUGGGGAAGUGUCCUGGUCAGCAGCUCCAUUCGGCUUCCCGCUUCUCUCUUUGUUGUUAGUCAUAUUAAUAAAGAUUUAUCUGUCCAAUCACAAAGUUACAUGCUUGGAAAGGAUCAGGAGUUAGCUAUAAAAUCUCUGUGUGCAUCAGUCGUGGAUUCCAACGUCCUUGUGCAGCGAAAUACACUGGAAAUUCUUCUGUUCUUCUUUCCAUUUAACACAUGCCUGGUCCCCGAUGAAUGCUCCGUGCUGCUGCACCGAUCAGACAUGGUGAGAAUACUUGCUGGAUCCAUCCAGACCGUGUUAAGAAGAGACAUGUCACUGAACAGGAGGCUGUUUGCCUGGCUGCUGGGUUCUGAUAUCAAGGGAAGGCAUGUGGCUCCAGAACUAAAGGACUCAUUGGGUGACGAAGAGUACUGCAACCACUUCUUUGCAAAAUACUCCAAAGAGCUUUUGGUUGAGGCUUUAAUGCAGAUACUGCACCAGAACACCUUGGACUCAGACACAGAGCAGGGUCUGCUGGUUUAUCUGAAACCUUUCCGUAUCCUUGUUAGCCUCCUGGACAAGCCUGAGAUAGGCCCCCCAGUGGUGGGAGAACUCUUCUUGGAAGUGAUGCGAGCCUUCAUUGCUUACUGCAGAGAUGCGUUGGGGACACAAAUGCAGCUCAGCUACAGCCAAAAUGGUGCCCCGCUUAUAAGUGCCAUUAAGGAAAACAAGAAUGCCUCUGAGAUUGUGAAAACAGUCAACCUAUUGAUUUCAUCUUUAAGUUCAGACUUUCUGUGGGAUUACAUGACCAUCUGCUUUGAGGACAGCUUCAGGAGAAAGGACCAUGAUAACCCUGCUGGUGACUAUUUGGGCAGAGCUCCCAGUAUUACAGAAGUUUGCAGUUUGCUGGUAUUUCUUCUGGAUGUCAUUCCUCUGGAACUCUAUUCAGAGGUACAGACACAGUACCUACCUCAGAUGCUGAGUUUCAUGGCUCAGUCUCUGUCUGAUAACAUAGAUGCCCUGAGCCUUCCGGAACUGACCCUUGCCCUAAAGACUUGCUUUAAAGUUCUCAGCAAAGUGCAGAUGCCACCAGCAUUUCUUGACAUGGAAACACCCAGUUCAGACAUGGAUCCAUUGAAAGAAUCAGAGACGUUGAAUCCACCUCCAGACAUUGAGGGGGAGAUGGCAGAUGAUGAACCAGUCUUCCACCCACUCAAGUCAGAGGACAGUGGCAUUGGCCUGAGUGCCUCUUCUCCGGAGCUGUCUAAGCACCUACGUAUGCCAAGGGUCUGCCCAGAUAAGGGAGAUGUGUGGAAGAAGGGAGGGAACAUGCAGAUGACUCUGCACUGUUUCCAGGAGCUGGUGGCCAACUUUGCAAGCAAACAGCUCUUUAGGAUCCAGCUUGAAGGUGAAGGGCGAAACUCACCUGAGAAUGGGGUAAUCACUGAAAAUGACAUGAACACAAAAAAGAGAGGUUCAUGGGAACCAAAGCAGAUCACUGGACCCCAGUUCAAACAGAUGCUGACAGACUUCUUCACACCCCGUGCCCCAGUGUUGAAACAAAGCCCUAAUAAGACAACAAAUAAAGGCACAGAGGAGGAGUGGGAUAUUGAACGUUUACUACGGAACAUGGGGGAGAUAAAUGAGGACUGUAGGGAGGCCUUUGCCGCUGCUUGUCAUGUGCUGCUGGACUGUGCAACUUUCCCUGUAUACAUGUCAGAAGAAGAGACCGAGCAUUUAUAUUCUGUUCUUUCUCAAGUGCCUGGUUCUGGUGAUACUAGCUCCCCCCUGUGGUUCAAGUCUCUCAUGACAGUGUGCUGCUGUGUGAAGGACUGCUAUAUCCAAAAUGUGGCCAUUUCUACCCUGCUCGAAAUCAUCAACCACUCUCAGUCCCUCUCUCUGGUGCUGGAAGAUCGAAUGAAAAGGAGUAAAACUCCAGGGUUCGGCGAGGUUUUUGGGAAACUCCAGAUGGUCACAAUCCCGCCUGUGUCACCUGGAGUUUUAAGACUUAUUGCUGAUAAAACUGAUUUCUAUCCGAGGGUGGCACAUGUACUGUGGAAUCAGCUCAAUAUAGAAACCCGGGAGCAUCACAUCACCUGCGUGGAACUGUUCUACAGACUUCAUUGCUUGGCUCCAUCUGCUAGCAUCUGUGAAGAGAUCAUCUGCCAGACUCUGUUGCAUAAUGACAAAUUGAUCAGACUGGAAGCGCUGUUCCGGUUUUCUGUGAUUUGGCAUCUGACACGGGAGAUUCAGGGGAGCAGAGUCACAUCCCAUAACCGUUCUUUUGACAGGUCCUUAUUUGUGGUCCUCGAUAGCUUAAAUUGCUCUGACGGUGCUAUUGGAGCCGCUGCUCAGGGGUGGCUGGUAAGGGCCCUGUCCUUGAAUGAUGUUGCACGGAUUCUGGAAGCUGUUUUCUUGCUCCUGCUCCACCCAAAGACUCAACGGAACUCUAUCCACUGCAUCAAACAGAAGAACUCUUCAGAAGAGUUCCACUACUGGUGUCGGAAGAAAAGAACCUCAUUGAAAGACUCCGCAGGAUUUCGUGACUCUCCUUUAAGCAGUUCUGAGGAAAAUUUACCCCAGAUUAACACCGUGGACAGAGAUGCCCUUUGGGCUGAAGUUGAGAAGGAUCCAGAGAAAAUAAAGAUUGAGUUGACUGAGAACCGUACAGCAGAUUUUAGGGAUGCUCCGUAUAUUUUAGAGCAGGAUGACAGUGAACAUACAGAAUCAGCAGAUACCAGCACUGGGCAUAAUGGCAGUGAUAACACUUCAUCCUUCUCUCCAAGCUCCCUGGACCUCAGCAGUGAUCAGAACUGUAGAGACAACACAGCAGGGCAAGCUAUUCUUAAGAACACAGGCCAACAAAACAUGGACAUGCCCAGACAAAAUGCAUUAUUAAGUCUUGUCCGCACAGAAUCAGAUGUAACACAGACCUCUGAAUCCCUCUCUAGUGAUGAUGAAGCUGAUGUGGAGCUUCAGGCAAUCAAAAGCUCUCAGAUUCUAAAGCAACAAAAGGAGAAGGAGGAGAUGAUUGAAGCUCUGUUCAAACACAUUCUUUUGUACCUACAACCCUAUGAUUCUAAGAGGGUAUUGUAUGCUUUUACUGUGUUGGAAGCCAUUCUAAAAACCAACCCCAAAGAGUUUAUUGAGUCCGUAGCUACGACCACCAUGGACACUAGCUCCACUGCACAUCUCAACUUAAUCUACAACCUACUUGCCAGGCACCAGGAGGCCCUAGUUGGACAGAGCUUUUACGGCAAACUUCAAACCCAGUCCCCACUGAUGUGCCCUCAUUCUUUGUUGAUAGAACUUCUGACUUACCUCUGCUUGAGUUUCUUACGUUCCUAUUAUCCAUGUUAUUUGAAGGUCAGCCACAAAGAUGUGCUUGGAAACAGAGAUGUGCAAGUGAAAAGUGUUGAAGUUUUGAUCAGAAUAAUGUCUCAGCUGGUCAGCACUGCUAAAUCCUCAGAGGGGAAGAAAGCUGAGUUCAUACACUGUUUGCUGGAAAGAUGCAAAGUGCAAGAAUUUGUGCUAUUGUCUUUGUCUGCUUCUAUGUACACAAGCCAGAAAAAGUACGAGCUGAUGUCAGCUAGUGGGAACAGAGACAAGGAAGAAGGCUUUUUUGAGGAAGGAAUAAUUAAUUUUGGUCAAGACCAGAUAUGGAGUGAGCACCCUCUUCAGAUUGAGCUUCUGAAGCUUCUGCAGGUGCUGAUUGUGUUAGAGCAUCAUCUGCGGCAGUUACAAGACGAUCAGGAUGCACAAGGAGACCUCACUAAGGAAUGGCAACGGGGCAUCAACUUCCAGCAGUCUAUUAACGCCAUGCAAUAUGUGCAGACCCAUAGCAUAACCUCCCAGGGUUUGUUUGUCUCGGCUGUUGUAAAAGCUCUGCGCCCAGAUUAUGGCUAUGGAAUGCAUCCCCAGUGGGUUGCUUUGGUCACCUCUUCUUUGCCCUUUUUUGGGAAAUCGUUGGGAUUAACAGUUGCUCCAUUUGUCGUGCAAAUCUGUAAAAACCUGGAUGAACUUGUAAAGCAGUAUGAAAAUGAGGCUUUUAAGAUUAGCACAACGUUUAAGAGAGAAAAUGUUUCUCCCGAUUACCCACUCACGCUCCUGGAAGGCCUUACCAUGAUUGGCCAUUUUUGUCUACUGGACCAUCCCACACAAUCGAAAAAGUCUUCUUCAUCAGACCCUGCUAAUCUGAAGAAUGCCCGCAAUUCUCUGCUGGAAGAGCUCCCCCGCAUCAUUAACACCAUGUCCCUACUCUGGAGCAUCAUCAGCAAGCAAGAACGGGAAAAGCGACCUUCGGAUCUCCUGGGCACCAUCAAAGCGUCUUCUUCAGUGUAUUUCAAAUCAACCAAAACUCUGAAACAGAAAAUCCUGGAUUUCCUAAACCCUUUGACAUCACACCUGGGGGUGCAGCUUAUUGCAUCAGUUGCUGCGGUGUGGAAGAAGAAGAGGUUUAACAAAAGUCUCAGUAAGGCCAAGAUACUUCCAAUGCCCAGUGAGUCUCAGCUCACACUUGUUGACCUUGUGUGCGCAUUGAAGACUCUGAAGACAGACUCAAUUUUGCAUCUGGUGAAAGAGGUUGUCAAGAAGCCGCCACAGAUAAAAGGAGAUGAGAAGUCGGCUUUAGUUGACAUUCCAAUGCUGCAGUUCAGCUAUACUUUUAUACAAAGGCUUUCAGGGUCGGAUUUGCAGGAAAAUUCCCAGUCCUUGCUGACAUUAUUAAAAGAAUCUGUUCCACUAAACUUGGCUCCACCUGGAUUUUUCCUGUUGUUAAGUAUGCUCAAUGAUUUUGUGACCAGAACACCUAAUCUAGAAAGCAAGAAGGACCAGAAGGAAUUUCAGGAAGUUACACAGAAGAUCCUGGAGGCCGUGGGGAAUGUUGCUGGUUCUUCCCUAGAACAGACCAGUUGGCUGAGCAGGAAUCUGGAGGUGAAGGCUCAGCCCCAAAUUUCAUUAGACGACACUGAGGCAGAGGAAGAAGAGUUACAUGAUGAUUCUGUGGUAGCUCAGUCGUCCAUGGUGUCAGCCUCUGCUCCCUCCAUAUACAGUGUCCAGGCGCUGUCUCUACUCGCAGAGGUUUUAGCUACUCUUUUAGACAUGGUGUACCGAAGUGAUGAGAAGGAGAAAGCUGUACCUCUAAUAUCCCGCCUCCUGUACUACGUGUUUCCCUACCUACGUAAUCACAGUGCAUACAACAUUCCCAGUUUCCGUGCUGGUGCCCAGCUCCUGGGCAGUCUCAGUGGAUACGCCUACACGAAACGAGCCUGGAAGAAGGAAGUUUUGGACUUGUUCAUGGAUCCAGGCUUCUUCCAGAUGGACACGUCCUGUGUUCACUGGAAGGCAAUCAUUGAUCACUUCUUGACUCAUGAGAAAACAAUGUUUAAGGAUUUAAUGAACAUGCCCAGCAGCUCCCUAAAGCUGUACUCGAGCAGCGAGCAGAAAGCUAUGCUAUUGAAACGCCAGGGCUUUGCUGUGUUCAGUGGAGAAGUUGAUCAGUACCAUCUGUAUCUGCCUCUGUUACAAGAGCGUCUGACGGAAAAUAUCCGUAUGGGACAGACUCCCAUCAUGGCUGCUCAGAUGUACCUAUUUUUUCGUGUUCUGUUGCUCAGGAUAUCCCCUCAGCAUCUCACUUCACUGUGGCCAAUUAUGGUGACUGAGCUGAUCCACACAUUUGUCCAACUUCAAGAGGAUUUAAUGGAAGAGGUCCCAACAAAAUCAAGCAAGGCAAACAAACACAAGACUGCAACAGCUGAAGUCAAUGGAACGAUGUACUGUGAAAUCCAACAGGGAGCACUGGAACUUUACCUCUCUGCCUGCAAAUUUUUGGAUACGGCUCUUUCGAUACCACCAGAUAAGAUGCCUUUGUUUCAACUAUACAGAUGGGCAUUCGUACCUGAAGUAGACACAGAAGCUUGCAGCGUGCCUUCAGAAAAAGUGGAUAAUUACCAAGAAUGCAAACCUCAUGUGCUCCGAAUAUUGGAACUACUGAAAUUCAGGUUUGGGGAGAAGACCACUGAAGAUCCUAAAUGGAGGCGGACUGAAUUUCCUCUUCUGAAUCUCCAUUCCAUAUCUUCCAUCACACAGCUCACCCCAUUUUUUAGAACUCUCAGCUAUGCGUUCAAGGCAAAAGGGGAGACAUCUGGACAAUCUCAAGGUUCAGACCCCGCCAUUGAAUACCCCGUUGAAGACUUCACAAGGGUUUUGAAGGAGCUAGAAGAGAACGUCGAGUCGGAUUUCUUGGAAAAACUGGGAAGUUGACUUUAAACCAAGGGAAACGCAGUUGUUCCGUUACCUUUGUACAGCAGUUGGGAUGGAUGCGGCAUUACUCAUUGCUGUGAAUGCUACAAGCAGAUAUUAGAACCAUCUAUUGUAAGACAGCUGCAGAACGACUAGACUUUAGAAUCUUGUAUCAACCUAAGGGUUUUAAAAGUCCUUAUAGAUCUAACAGGUUUCAGGAGAUGUCAGUGAGUGAAAUUUCUUUCUUUCUUUCUUUCUUUCUUUCUUUUUUUUCUUUUUUUCUUUCUUUCUUUCUUUCUUUCUUUCAACAGGAAAGUAAACUACUGAAGUGUAAUAUAUAUGUAUAUAUUUAGAUUUUUUGGAGCUAUGCAUUUGAGAUUCCCUUCUGCAGUAACGUUUUCCAGAAUGCAGAACUAGACCGUAGUAUAACAAAAUAAUAUCCAACGAGAGAUUAUUAUGUUUAUUUAUUACCUUCACUAUGCAGAUCGGGUUCUCCUUUGUCAAACGAUACAUUAGCUGCUUGUGUAUAUUUCACCGACCUUCUCAUAGGCUGCAUUAUAUAGUGAAUAAAGUAUUUUUAUUUUAUUGUAAAAUAUAAGGAUAUUAUACAGUAAGUUACGAAGGAGUUCCAUGAUGAUAUAAAAGCACGAGGCUGAAGGUCUUCUAAUAUCCUCGUAUUUUGCAACAGGGGGUACUUUAUUUAUUAUAAUACACAAGUCUCAGUGAGUCAUGUGACAGAAAUGACAUCACUGAGCUCCGAUUAU